CUCAAUUUUCAAAUUUAAUUUAAAUAUGCUCGCAAAGGACAUGGCAACUAGUUUCUUCGACUUUCUACAUAUGAACAAGCAGAAAACAUUUCGUCCCAAAAAGCGCUUUCCUCACGGCACUCUUCGUCACAAUUUGCACAAACAAGCCCAAGCAACACUCAAUUCUGGAGUUGAUUUGAAGCAAGUUGUGCGUCUUCCACCAAAUGAAUCUUUGGAUGAUUGGCUAGCUGUAAAUACUGUCGACUUUUUCAAUCGAAUAAAUCUACUCUAUGGAAUAUUGGCUGAUAGUUGUACAGUAGAAUCGUGCCCAACAAUGUGUGGAGGAGCAAAAUACGAGUAUUUGUGGCAGGAUGGAGUUGAAUACAAAAAACCGACAAGGCUGCCUGCUAAAGAUUACAUGCACAAAUUAAUGGAUUGGAUUGAAGAGCGUAUAAACAACGAGAAAAUUUUCCCUUCUACUACUGAUGUUCCCUUUCCCAACGAUUUUCGACAAACUUGCAAGAAAAUAUUGUCGCGACUAUUCCGGAUAUUUGUUCAUAUUUAUAUUCAUCACUUUGAAAAGCUUGUUCAGAUUGGAGCGGAGCCACACGCCAACAUGCUUUACAAACAUUAUUAUUAUUUUGUUACUGAAUUUUCACUGGUUACUCAACGAGAAUUGGAUGCCUUGAAAGACCUGACUGCAAGAUUAAUUACAAAUACGGCCAAUUCACAACAACAACAGAGUGCUACAAAAAAUUAAAAUUUUAUUUUUUAUUCAUUUUUAUCAUUAUUUUCUUUAAAAAGUUGCAAAAUAAAAUAUUAUGC